UAGAAAUUUAUAACUUGCUCAGUUUUUUCCAGCUUUUAUAAAGGAAUAGAAGGUGGAAGGAACAAGAGAGCAACCAGUGAGCUGCUGAGAGCUAACUGUUCUUGGACCCCUGGUGCUGCAGAGAAGGAGCUUUUCUAGGUUGGCAGGUUGUCAUGGCAUCUGGACCCAAUAUGACGGCCCCCAUUUGUCUGGUGGAAAACUACAAUAUGCAGCUGUCAGUGAACCAAACAGCUAUACAGAUUCUUGAAAAGAUUUCUCAACCAGUAGUGGUGGUGGCUAUUGUAGGACUGUAUCGUACAGGCAAAUCCUACUUGAUGAAUCGUCUUGGAGGACAGAACCGAGGUUUCCCUCUGGGAUCUACAGUGCAGUUUAAAACCAAGGGCAUCUGGAUGUGGUGUGUGCCUCACCCCUCCAAGCCAAACCACACCCUGGUCCUUCUGGAUACUGAGGGCCUGGGUGAUGUGGAAAAGGGUGACCUUAAGAAUGACUCAUGGAUCUUUGCCCUGGCUGUGCUUCUGUGCAGCGCCUUUGUCUACAACAGCUUGGGUACCAUCAACCACCAAGCACUGGAGCAGCUGCAUUAUGUGACAGAGCUCACAGAACUAAUCAGGGCAAAGUCCUCCCCCAAAAGGGAUGAAAUUGAUGACUCUGCAGAAUUUGUGAGUUUCUUUCCAGACUUUAUCUGGGCUGUGCGGGAUUUCACACUGGAGCUGAGGUUAAAUGAUCAUCCUAUCACAGAAGAUGAGUAUCUGGAGAAUGCUUUGAAGCUGAUUUCAGGCGAAAAUUCCAGAAUCCAAGCAUCCAAUAAACCGAGAGAGUGCAUCAGGCAUUUCUUUCCAAAACGGAAGUGUUUUGUCUUUGACCGACCAACAAAUGACACAAAACUUCUAGCCAAUAUUGAGAAUAUACCUGAAAAUGAACUGGAUCCCAAUUUCCUGACACAAUCAAACAAUUUUUGUUCUUACAUCUUCACCCACGCAAGGAUCAAGACUCUCAGAGAGGGAGUUAUGGUCACCGGGAAUCGGCUGAGGACUCUGGUGGUGACCUAUGUGGAUACCAUCAAUACUGGAGCAGUUCCUUGUUUGGAGAAUGCAGUGACAACUCUAGCCCAGCUUGAGAAUUCUGAGGCUGUGCAGAAGGCAGCCAGCCACUAUAGUGAGCAGAUGGCCCAGCGACUGAAGCUCCCCACAGACACGCUCCAGGAGCUGCUGGAUGUGCAUGCAGACUGUGAGAGGGAAGCCAUUGCAGUGUUCAUGGAUCAUUCGUUCAAAGAUGAAAAUCAGACAUUCCAGAAGACUCUUGUGGAACUAAUAAAGGAUAAGAAGGAGCAUUUCUUGCAGCAGAAUGAAGAGGCAUCAGUUAAAUACUGCCGGUCUAUCCUCGAUCAGAUUUCAAAGCCCCUAAUGGAAAGUAUUUCAGCAGGAACUUUCUCUGCUCCUGGAGGGCACAAACUCUACAGGCAAGCAAAGGAAAGUAUUGAAUGUGACUAUUCACAAGUACCCAGGAAAGGAGUGAAGGCAAAUGAGGUCCUCCAGAGCUUUCUGCUGUCACAGGCUUCAAUAGAGGAAUCUAUCUGGCAGGCAGAUAAAGCCCUCUCUGAUGGGGAGAAGGCCAUAGCAGCUGAGCGGGCCAGUAAGGAGGCAGCUGAGAGGGAACAAAACCUGCUAAAACAGAAACUACUAGAACAGGAACAGCAGAUAGAGGCACAACAGAGGAGUCUCCAGGAAAACAUAGCUCAACUGGAAAAGAAGCUGGAGAGGGAGAGAGAAAACAUAAUAAAAGAACAGAAUAUGAUGUUGGACCAUAAGCUGAAGGUCCAACGAGAUCUGCUCAAUGAAGGAUUUAGAAAGAAAUCUGAAGAGAUGAAUGAGGAGAUAAGGCAGUUGAAAUAUAGGAUUGAAACUACUGAAAAUACUCCCUUAUUUUUACAAGUCUUGGAGAGAUUUGGUAGUGAGAUUGCUUCAAUAUUUACUUCUCCUGGUAGAAUUAUUGGUAAUAUUAUAAAAGGUGUGAGCUCACUAUUUAAAAAGAAUUAACUCUUCUUUUAAAGAAAUUUAAAAAUGUAGAUAUAUAUACUCUGGCCUAUUUUUGGCGUGUAUGCUUUUCACUUUUAUUCAGCAAAGUUUUAAAUAUAAAAAGUGUCUACAAAAGGAUAUCAAUGCUUGGCCCACAUUAGAUAGAAUAAAUGCAUGUACACUUUGAUAUAGCAUGUUGUUAAGGAAACAUACAUGUGCAAAAUUGUAAAUAUAUAUAAAAUCCACUGAGGUAUCACUUUAAAUGACAAAAGAUUGCUUAAUUAUAUUACUUAAAUAUCUAGCUAUAUAAAUUGGUAAUAUAAAUUGAACAUGUGCCUACACUGGAAUACUAUGUAGCCAGGAAAUAAACUGCAGUGGAGCUCUAUUUGUAGAAACACAGAAAAAUCUUGAGUAAAGAAAUAAAGUAUAAAGCAGUGUGUAAAAUGUGUUCACUGUAAAUGAAUUAUUACGUGCAAGCAUACCUAUGUAUACUAGGAUAUCUCUGGAAAAUUUGUUAGAAACUAGUAUCAUUGGUUCCUCCUAAGAACUGAAUAGCAUCAGGGAUGGAAGGAACACAGGCCUUCAUUAUAUACUCUUAUCUUUUGACUUUCAUAAAGAAAUCUUGAAUUGCCAUUUUAUAAAAAAAUAACAGAAAAUAUAGAGUAUAAUACUAAUAUAUAAUAAUAUUCAUAAAAGGAAUGUGAAAUUGGCUAUGUGAUGAUAAAAUCACUAUUUCUAGAAACGACAUCAGCGUGCUAAAUGAGGGGUCUAAGACUAAGAUCAGAGUACUAGGGAUGCAUAACAUUUACAUCUUAAUCUUGUUCUAAUUUUGGCCUUGUUUGUUUUUUAAAGAUUUAUUUAUUCAUGAGAGACACACAUAGAGAGCCAGAGAUGUAGGCAGAGGGAGAAGCAGGCUCUGUGCAAAGAGCUUGAUGUGGGACUUGAUCCCGGGGUCCUGGGAUCCAAACCGAGCCAAAGGUAGAUGCUCAACCAUUGAGCCACCCAGGUGCCCCUGGCUUUGGUUUUUAAUAUCUUACAUUUACUUCAAAAUUAAGGUAUAAACUUUCAUGUUACCCUUUUAAAUCUCUGCUAGAGUAGCCUCUACUUCCUAUAUUUGAAUUACACCUUCCUUUCAAGGUGUUAGAAGCAGAUUACCAAACAUUAAGAAUAUGCACUGGUGAGAGGGACCCUAUCAUUUCUUAAAGUGCCGCAGUGGCCUCUUUGCUGUAGGCAAGAGCAGAAGGGACAAUGUGCCAUUGAUAGUAUUAGAGAAGAUAAACCCUGAUGCAUAGAGGCCAGGUGUUGGCACUUAAACAUCAGAAACUAAGUACAUAAAAUAGUAACAAGCAUCAUGGUUUGUCCUAGAUCAGGUCUAUAACAAAUUAUCAGAGGCAGGGUGGCUUAGACAACAAAUGUUUAUUUCUCACAGUUCUGGAGGCUGUAGGUUGAAUAUCAGUAGGCCAACAUUGUUGGGUUCUUAGUAAGGGCCCUCUUCCUGCUUUUAGAUGGCUCCAUUUAUGCUGUGUCCUCACAUGAUGGAAGAGGAGAGAGUGCUCCCAUGACUCUUUGUUUAGAAGGGCACUAAUCAGAUUUCAGGAGAGCCCCACCCUUAUUACCCAAUUGCCUCCCAAAAGCUCUACUUCAAAUGUUCACACUGGGACAUUGGGGCUUAGGAUUUCAUCAAGUGAAUUUUGGGAGAACACAAACAUUCAAUCCAUAACAUGGUUGGAGUGACAGCCAGGUGGGGAUGAUCAGAGAAAAUUUUGAAGAAGGUGAAUAGAACAGGACAUCUAUAGAGUCAAAAUGUAUGGGGAGAUAAUAAUCAAAUGGAAUCAAGGAUGUUUAACAGAAGGCUGAGAGGUAGCAAUGUCACUAUCCCUAGCCUUGAUCUGAACCAAUUUCAGACCACAAAUCAAAUCUGCCCUCCAGUGGAGGGCAGACUUCCAAGGUGAAAAAUCAGGCAACUCUAGGAUAGGGAUGGAUGAUUGUGGCUUUCCCAUUUCUCCUUCUGGAGUAUUUCUGGCCAUUUUCUUGGUACCUAUGUCUGGGGAAAUAGGAAUGCUUAAACAUUUUGAGGACUCUUAUAGUCAGGAUGCAAGUUCAUAGUGAUGCCCAGACACCAGAAAGACAUUACAGUCUCCCUAUGAAAAUAGGAGCACAUGAUGUCUCCCACUCUGUGACCUUGUGUAUUACAAUCUCUUUGUCUCUGUGAGGCUAUCACCACAUCUCCACUAGAGAUUUUAAACUGAUCCAUCAGGCUGUGGCUUCAAAUGUUCAGAAGGAAGAAUGGCUUCGCCUUUUAAAGAAAGAAACACACAAUAACAAAUAUGUGGCUGAUAAAUGGUAUGGUUUCAUGGAAAGGCAAACUAUUCUAUAGAAAUAUCUGUUCUCAUUGAAAGCUUGAAUCAAACAGGUGUUCUAAUGCCUCAGAGACAACUUGGGUAUAGAGACACUCUAAACUGAAGAACAAAACUAAAGAAAGCUUGCUCUUUUAGAUUCCCCAUAUAAGUGAAAGCAUACAGUACUUGGCUUUCUCUGUAUGACUUAUCUCACUUAGCAUCAUAUGCUCAAGGUCUAUCCAUGUUGUGGCAAAUGACAAGAUAUCCUCUUUUAUCAUGGCUGAUUAAUAUUCCAUUGUGAAUAUAUACCACGUCUUUUUAAAAUCUAUUCAUCCACUGAAGUCAUUUAGGUUGUUUCUGUAUCUUGGCUAUUGUGAAUAAGACUGCAAUUAAUAUGGGACUUCAUAUACCUCUUUGAAAUACUGUUCUUGUGUCUUUUCAAUAAAAAUUAGCCAUGCAUUGAUCACUUAAAAAUAAAGAAAAAGGCUUUAUUUUAUAAAGAAACAGUAGUUAACCAUUUAUUCACACAUGUAUUCUAAUACUCAUUAAAGAAUACUUAAUUUUAAUAAUUUGCAGUUUACUAAACGCCUAUUCCCUCCCUACUGGCCAUUGUUUUGGAUUCUGUGAAGGGAGGAAAAUUAGAUCUUGUCCUCAUGCAGCUUACACUCUAUAGGAACCUUGCAUAAUGUUAUUUAGUUACUUAGCAACACAUGCUGUGAAUGUAUAUACACACACACACACAUAUACAUACACACACAUAUAUACACAUAUAUAUUUAUUUUCUGGAUAGUGAUUAGAAUAGAAACCAAUAUUCUAUCUUUAAGUUUAGCUUCAACCCAAUUCAUAUUGCCUGAAAAUAUAAUUGCUUGUUUCUUCAGGAAAUAUUAUUGAGUCCUAAGGACCAAAUCAAUAAUGUUAAAGCACAGUAAAACCCAGGGUGAACGGUGAUUGAAAGAAUAAAUACAGAGAUGAAUGGUUGCAUGAAUAAAUACGGAUAACAUCUGUUUAUUGUUUCAACGGGUAAUAAAUAUCUCUCCUAUUAUGCUUAGUCAAAAAAGUAAACACUUAAGUCUGAAAAUGUGUUCUUGGAGCUGAUAAAAUCAAACCACAAACAGGUUCCCAAGUAGCAGGAUUACAUUAAUAGCCUGAUGCAAGGUUCCUGAUAACUGCGUUACAGAAGCCAAGCAUAAUAUGCUUCCAAAGCAGGGCUUGGGUUUUGUAGCUCUAGAUCCAGAAUCCCAGAGUGACCCUCGUGCAUAAGUUUUCUGGCCUUAAUCACUCAAAGUGGCUUUCCAUCUUAGAUUUGAGUGAUUAUCAGAAGUGAAUACACUUGUUAAAAAUGAGCUCAUGAAGGGCGCUUGGGUGGCUCAGUUGGUUAGCCUUUGGCUCAGGUCAUGAUCCCAGGGUCCUGUGAUCCAGUCCCGCAUUGGGCUCCCUGCUCAGCAGGAAGUCUGCCUCUCCCUCUCUGCCCCUCUCUUGC